AGGAACUAAAGACAUUUAGUAAAGUAUAUAAUUUGAAACACUGUUAUGGUAAACUUUUCUUUAUUUUUAUUUUCUUUUUCACAUAAAGGAAUUUGGAAAUACCUCAAAUGCUGGGCUUUCUUUUCUUCGUUUUUAGACAGUGACAUAAUUUAAUGUCAGUUGGCUUUUCUUCCUUUAAUUUGGGAUACUUUUUUAAAAGUGUAAGGUUAAAAAAAAAAAAAAAACCUACGUGUCAGAGAGCAAGAACCUAAUGAUCCUAUUAUAGACUCCCUCAAAAAUGUGACGCCUAUGCUCCCUUACGACCGGUAGGGUUAGAAUGAUUGCGAUUUGCUCUUCUUUUCUGUGAUCUACGGUACAAGGGUUGGCCCUGCUUUGGUCCACCUGCCAGUGGGGUUUAAAGUUUCAGAGGAUCCGAGAAACACAAUGACUUGGAUCAAACUGCCCAAAGGAGAAGGAGUUCAGUCAUCUUAACUUCCAGGAAGCAGUUGAACUCCAGCUAUGCUGAGUAUCUCUCUUUAAUACAUAUGUACACAAUACCGGCUUUUUCAGUGACCAGAUUUUUGACACUACAAGAUAAAUCUGAAAACUUGGAGACAUACGGUUGGAAAAUGAAACAAUCCAGGAGUGUUACUGCAUCCUUAUAUUGUUGCCGUGCUGUUGCAGAUGGCAGUCAGUGAACACUGCAAUGGUGUGAAUGAUGAGCCACUACCCCUAAUUAGCUGUGGUCCCUACUUCAAUUUGCUGCCUGUGUGAAUCUCAAGAGGCUAAUACUAGACCUUGGAAAGAACGAUGAACUCUGCACGCCGCGGUUAGAUUCAGAGAGGAUAUAGGAGGAAAUCUGCUGCUCUGGUUGCCGCAGCUUGCAAAGGCUGCAGCUCUCUUUAAUCCGAAGAGCCUGGAGUGUUUGUUUAUUUUUAUUUUUGUUGUUGUUGUUGUUGUUGUAGUUUUUGUUUGUUUGUUUUGAUUUGGUUUGUGUGUGUGUGUGUGUCUGUGUGUUGUGUUGUGUUUGUUUUUUUUUUUUUUUUUUUUGGGGGGGGUUGCUUUUUUUUUUUUUUAAUUUAGAAAAGAAGAAGCCAUGGAAGACUGCCCACUGCCAGAUCUGAGAGACAUUGAACUGAAGCUGGGGCGCAAAGUGCCAGAGAGCCUAGUCCGGUCGCUCCGUGGGGAGGAGCGGGGCAGGGACAGAGACCAAGACAAGGACAAGGACUUGGGCAGGGGGAGCAGCAGCAGCAGCAGCAAUUGCAGCUUGUCUCCCUCUUCUUUUUCCUCUUCCUCGUCCUCCCCAGCCUCUGGCUCUCCUAGAUGUAACAACUCCAGUGCCCUGGAAAGACUGGAAACCAAGCUACAUCUUCUCAAGCAGGAGAUGGUUAACCUCAGAGCCACGGAUGUCCGGCUCAUGCGGCAGCUUCUUAUCAUCAACGAAAGCAUCGAGUCCAUCAAGUGGAUGAUGGAAGAGAAGGGUACAAUCACCAGCCGAGGCAGCAGCCUCAGUGGAAGCCUUUGCAGUUUACUGGAAAGCCAAAACACCUCCUUACAAGGAAGCUAUAAUAGCUUACAGGAUGGCAGUGAUGGGUUGGAUGGAAUAUCAGUGGGCAGUUAUCUGGACACUUUGGCAGAUGAUGUCCCAGGUCACCAGACCCCCUCUGAUUUGGACCAGUUCAGUGACACCUCCCUAAUAGAAGACUCACAGUCUUUACACAAGCAUGCCAAAUUUGAUUCUGAAUAUUAUCGUUUUGGCUAAUGAGAAGGGCUUUCUUAUGGGACUGGUGUGCAAUUAACAUAUUUAUCUUCUUUCUUGGCUGCUAUUUUAUUUUUGUGGUAAAAUUGCAAACUUUUCCAAGGAAAGCUUAUUUUAAAGUUGCUUUACAGAUCUUCAUUUGCUCCUAACAUUUCUUUUUGGGAUUGAUUUCUUCUCCUGCCUUUCUUAAUCUCCAUUCUUAAUUUAUUGCAGAGAUUAUUUCCUCAUAGUACAAUACCACAAUUGAAGUGGGAAAAAAAGAAUAAGCAAUAAACUUAUUUUUUUCUAUUUGUAAAACACAUGUUCAGGGAUUAUCAGUAAAACUUUUUGCUAAAUUUAAAAAUAAACUAUGUUCUGAUAUCAAUAA